AUGCUCGGGGGGAAGAGCACAUUAUACCACGUCUACAAGCGGCCGUUUGUGGAUUUCUUCUUGCGCACGGUGUCGGGCUGGUACACGCUCGUGAUCUUCACCGCGUCGAUGCCAGAGUACGCGGAUCCGGUGAUCGACUGGCUAGACGCAGGGAGGGGGAUACUGGCGCGGAGGUUAUUUCGUGACUCGUGUACGCAGCUGCCGAACGGGUCGUAUACCAAGGACCUCGCGCUGGUGGAGGCGGACUUGUCAUGUGUAUGCCUCAUCGACAAUUCGCCGGUGAGCUACAAAGUCAAUGAAGCUAACGGCAUCCCAAUCGAGGGCUGGACGCACGAUCCCUACGACGAGGCGCUUCUCGACCUACUUCCAGUCCUUGACUCGCUACGCUUCACGUCCGACGUCCGACGCGUGCUGGGCCUGCGCUGUGUUGGGGGCUCGGGCCGGUGA